ACAACUUGAUCAUCCGCGCGUCGAUUGGAGGCGCCGUGAUUGUCGCAGACGCCGUGACUGUGGAAGCCCUCCCGCUCUUGCCCUCGACCUAGUCCUCGACGCCUUGCCCCCGCUUCGCUCCUCGACACGGACCUCAUGGGCGGGACAGCCGGUCCACGCAAGGGUGUCUGGGAACCCCUCCCACUCAUUAUUUACGGCUACGCAGUCCAUCCUCUAUCUCCGGUGAACCGCAGGGACACGAAGCUCUCCAGCCGCACGCACAUCUCGACAUUUACGGACGCCUCUGGAGAUGAACACCUCGUCCACAGGGACGUGGUAUCACUGGAGGUAGGGGACAACGUGUACGCGUUCGAAAAGUACACCCCGAGGGAUAAGGAAGUCGAAGGCGUAUGGUAUCGAGGAUAUGUCGUAUGCACCUCACGGCGCCCCCAAGUGAACUGGUCGCUGUCCUCAGACGCAUCUACCUCCAAUGCCAAACCCACAGCUCGCGCCGACGAGCUGCAGCAAGUCUUCAUAGGCAUAUUCCCUGCGUCCCACAUUUUCGUGCGCGACGAAGUGUCAGACGCCGAGGGCCGCCUUACGGAACUCUUCAAUGCGCUCAACAGUGGAGGGGCAGAUGGACGGACUUCAGAGGAGGUCUUCGCGAGCUGGAACAAGUCUAUGCGAGAGAUGGAUCCCCCGCGAGAGGAGGACGAGGAUAACGACGCAGCCACGCGGAAAUCCUUCAAGCUGACCCCACCCCCGGACCAGGCACCGUCAACAAGAGCUCGCCUGCCGGUAUACCCAGCGAGUAUCCGCUCCGCGUCGCCCACCGAAUCGCAGUUCAACAAGCCCCUCCCCCCACGUCCUACGCUCACGUCCGGCGAUGACACACUCUCCGGGGCUGCACAGCCUAUCAUCGACGAAAUAGCAUCUGCCCUCCGCGAAUGGCACGCGCUCAUGUUCCAGUACCUUGCUCAACGCGAUUACCGCCUCUUCCACAUUGUACGCGAGUACAUCGAGGUUCUACACCUUGGUAGGCGGCAACUGCUAUCACAAACGCUCAGCUCCGAGGAGACCGUCAAUCUGCGACGAGAAUGCGUCGCCCGGUUGGUCUCCGGCAAUCUCCUGCAGGGUCUCGACGUGAUCGUUCGUCAUCCAACGUGGGGAGGUUUGGUGAACGUAGACGUCGAGGGUGAGAUUGACCCGCGUAGCUGGAUGAGCGCGGUGCGUAUGUAUGCUCUGCAGGCGGCGUUGGCCCACAUGGACGUCUCCCCUCCUCCUAACCAUCCGUACAAGAUUCCCCAUUACGGCGGUUCGAUCGACUACACAGCCGCGCCGACACCAGUCCCGCUCUCCGCAUCCGUUCACUCCGCAUUCCCAGACUUGCCACGACCUCGCGGCCAUUCCCGUCUCAUCGGAUCCCUUUCACCUUCUGCUCCCACUCCUCAAAGGGCGAAGUUUUACCAUGUCUUCUUCGACCUGCGCGCGUUUGUCGCGUCCCCAUGCGCUCCCGGCGAGACAGCAGAGCUCUACUUCUCGCUAUUCAACAAGGCAGAUGGCCGCUUCGUCUCCGAGGAUUUCUGUGCCGUCCUCAACCAUAACGGCGUACUCGCACGAGAUCCAUCUGCGCGGAUUCGUACGUUAUUCACAGAUCUCGUGCAGGCAGACGCCCAGGACCCCAUAUACCUUGUCUGCAAGAUUGUGCGCAACGGGUCGCUCAAGAUGGGUAACAACAUGGGACCAAUUUCCGAGUUUUCGGGAGCGCCGACCAUAGGGUCGAGCAACUACGCCAGCUCAGCGCUCUCGAGCGAAUCCUUCUCGCGCAACAGCUCCUCGUACGCGUCGCAACAGUUCCGCAGGCCCUUUGGGUGUGCCGUCCUGGAGCUCACACAGCUGAGCGCGAUGGCCGCCGAACAAGCGGAAGUCUCGUCAACCAGAGAGCACACGAUGCCGAUCUACGUGCCGACAAACGAGACGACGUUCUCCUGGCUCCACCAGGACAUCCUGAAUCACAAUGUCCGGGAGUAUGAGAAGUCUCCGAGGGCUGAAAUGCUGGCCGUCUCCAUCAAGAUUUUCUAUGGCGACGCAGAGACCAUCGUCCGCGAAAACUCCUCGUUGCUCCAGGACACCCCACUGAGCCUCCGCCUCGGGUUCCCUGAUGUUGUCUUCCCUGGCGACGUCCGGAACGAGCUGUACAUCAAGCUGUGGAGCGGAGACUUCUCCGGGUCUCAGAGCACGAACACGCGCCGCAAUGUCGCGAACUUCGCGCGCGGUCAAGUCGGCUCGCUCACUGGGAACGUUCAGGUGACGAUGGAGGUCAGGGACCAGGACGGCCGGACGAUCGACCGGGUCAUCACGCAGUGCAGCGGCGAACCCGAGGUGUCGCAAUUCCACUCGAUGGUGUUCCAGCGGACGACGCAGCCGCAGUACUGCGAGCUCGUGAAGAUCAGGCUGCCGAUGCAGGGCGCGCAGCAGUGGCAUUUGUUCUUCACGUUUCGCCAGCGCAGUUCGCGGGAGCGCAACCGGGGCGUUGAUUCUUCGGAGCGGCCGUUCGCGUUUGGGUAUCUCCCGCUCUUCCCCGACGGGCGCGCGUUCCUCGAGGAUGGGAGCCACACUCUGGUGCUCUACCGGGCGGACCGCAUCGGCCAAGUCUCAUCGGAGAUGUAUUUGAGUGCGGCUUCUUGGCAGCCUGCGAAUCAGCGGCCUGAACAGGUCUACGUACCCACCGAGCUACAGAAAGUGGCCCCUCCACUGCGUGAUAGCUUCGUCGUCCGGUCGUCGCUAUGCUCUACGAAGUUCACGCAAAAUUCUGUCCUGCUCAGUCUACUCAACUGGGAGCAGGUGACUGACAAGGAGCUGCUCUCGACCAUCCUCAGCAAGUUCACCUUUGUCGGCGAAGUGGAAAUCGUCAAGUUCCUCCGCGACAUCUUCGAUUCCCUCUUUGCGAUCCUCGUGUCGUCGAAUAACCAGUCAGGCGAGAUGGAUCACCUUGUGUUCAACGCGUUGGUCACUGUUCUGGGCAUCGUUCAGGAUCGCCGCUUCAGCAACUUCCAACCGGUGCUAGAUGUGUACAUCGACAGGCACUUCAACUGCGCGUCGGCGGCCUCGCACAUGAUCCACUCUAUGAACCGACUCUUGCAGGACCCCACCGCGACCGACACCGCUUCGUCGCUACGCGCCGCGCUGAAAGUCUGGCACUACAUCUUCAAGUUCAUCGCCAGGUCGCGGGAGCUACAGAAGGCGAAGGAGCUCGCCGUUGGCGGUGGCGCCACCGCAGACCAUCUCGAGGCGACUUUCAAGCGCGAGCUACGUGCCCACCUCUCGGAGGUCAACCGCAUGAUGUCUACAACCUCUCCUCCGUCUAUCAUCGGUACACAGACCAUCGCGCUGCAGCACUUCACGUCGAUCCUCCCGGAGCUGAGCAAGGUUUUCACAAUCGCGGAGCUCGUGCCCAUCGCCACCACCUUUGCGAACGCGAUCGCGUCGACCAAGGGCAAGAUCGUCAUCUGGAAGCUCAUCAUGUAUCUGCAAAUCGUGAAGGGCUUCCUGUUCGACAACGCGCAGUCCCGCUCGUUGCUGGUCGAGGCCGUGGUCAUCUGGAUCAAGCCUCAGUUUGGCCGCUUUGACGAGUAUACGCAGACGCAGGCUGGUGAUACGGAGUCUACGAAGGACGCAGCGCGCGUCACUUGGCUGGAGAGCGUCCGUCUCUCGGUCACUGUAGUGGCUAUCAUGCUCGACAAGCUGCAGCAGUGUCUGGUCUAUCCUGCAAUUGCCUCUGAUCGCAACGCGCUUAGGCAAGAGCAGUACAAUAUCGAGUAUCUGCUGUCUCUUUUGCCCAGGCUCUUGGACUCGUAUCAGGAAUACCAGAACCCCGUCUCGCUGCGAGCAGUAGAGCGGAACCGUUCAUCCACACCGAUCACCAACAACUUCCCCGUAACCUUCCCCGAGUCAUAUCCAUUCUCUCUCGCCACGCAGCUUCCGAAGACUGGCGGCAUGUCGUCUGGCUCUCUCGAUGUGAAACCCGAAUUCAGCCCUGGCUUAGGCGAGGUCGCCAUCGUCGUCUUGGUCAUGAUCUUGUCUUCCCCCAAGAAACACCUCAUCAACUUCUUGGAGUCUAUCUUGGAGAUCGAGGGGCGAGACCGUCUUGCUGCACUCCUCUCGCAGUACUUCAGCGUCGCGGGGUCCAUCCUGGACAACGAGGCGUUCUCGAAGAACUGGCUGAACGUGAACAUUCUCGCACACCGUGUCCUGCUGAAGAUGAUUGAUCCUGUGGCGACGAUGUUCGAGCGGGAAUUCGUGCCGGACGAAUCGUCGGGUCAGCCGUUUGACACCAAACUCUGGCGGGACUGCUUCUGCGUCCUGCUCAAGCUAUUGUCCUCGGAGCAUCUCGUCAUCGAGGAGUUCAGUCCUCAGAAACGGCGAGCAGUGUGGCGACUUGCAGGGGAUAUCAGGGGUGAAGGUGCCACGCUUCUGCUUCGCCUGUGGAGUGCGUUGGGUUGGCCGGAUGAGACAGCAACCGAAGAGAUCGCAUUGGCGAGGUACUCUAACUACCAAGCGGCGCUCAAUCCGCUUGUUGGACACAUCGUCAACUUGUGCCUCAGUCACCAUGACCAGUUGCGGGAGAACGCCGUGCAAAUCCUGUACUGCAUGAUCAUCUCAGAGUACCACACCUCCCAGACGUUCGAGCAUAUCGAAAACGAGCUCGUCAGCAAGUUGGACGUGCUGUUCAUGUCCGACAGCAAAGGCGACGACAUCUCGCGGACCUUCUUCAUCAGCCACCUACGACACCUGUUCGACUCGUCAGACGUAGACGAGGAGCUGCGGAACCGUGUAACGAGCUUCCUGGAAUCUGUCAACGUCUUCCUCCAGCUUCUGCUGAGCGUGCGCGCUCUGCCGGAGGGCGAGGAGUUUGCGGAUGAUCGCGUCAUGGCAACGCUGCGUUUGAUGAACUUCAUAAGGCGGAUUGGACGAGACGAGAUUUACAUCAAAUACGUCCACCAGCUAGUCAACAUGCACCUUCAAUCUCAGAACUACGUAGAAGCGGCGUUGACACUGAAACUACACGCCGAUCUCUACGAAUGGGAUUUGAAUUCCUUCUUGCCGCCCAUGGAGGAUCUAGGAUUGCCGCAACAGUCACAGUUCCAUCGAAAAGAGACGCUGUGUCUGCUGAUACUCGACUAUCUAGGGAAGGGGAAGGCAUGGGAAACCGCGUAUCAGAUCUGCAAGGAUCUCGAGAACAAGCACGCCGAAGUCACGUUCAAUUACACACGUCUCGCCGAGAUCCUGCGGCACCGUGCAGCCCUGCUCGAGCAUAUCAUCACCGACCAGCGAUACUACUCUGACUACUUCCGCGUCGCCUUCUACGGCACCUUCCCCGAUGCUAUUCGGAACAAGCAAUUCAUCUACCGCGGCUACGAAUGGGAGAAGUUCGGUGCGUUCUGCGAACGGAUGCUCAACAAGCAUCCGGGUGCGCAACUCCUCAAGACGAUGGGCGAUCCCCCUGUGGAUAUUCGCUUCGGCAACGAUCAGUAUAUCCAGUGCACCGCUGUUACCCCGGAACCCCGCCGCGACAUACCCAUCUUCACCAACCCCGACGUACCCCCUCAAGUUCGGGCGUACUACGAACACAGCGACAUCAACCUUUUCAGCUAUUCCCGACCGAUAUCCAAGAUGGCACCCGACGGCACGGAGGAGGUUUGGGUCGAAAAGACUUACCUCACAACCGAACAGUACUUCCCGACCGUCCUUCGUCGAUCGGAAGUUGUUCACGUCCAAGUUCACUCUAUUUCCCCUGUCGAGACGGCGCUGCUCGAAGUCGAGCAGCGUACACGCGAGUUGGCCGGUCUCAACCAGAAGUACUCGUCAUUGGCUAAGACGGCCCAGCAUGUCUCGACAAACGUCCUUGCUAUGAGCCUGAACGCUGCCGUGGACGCCCCGCUCAACAGUGGAGUAGGCGCCUUCCGACAGGUCUUCCUCUCCCCCGACUAUGCAGACAGGUUCCAAGAUCGGGCUGAACAGGUCGAGAAACUGCGUGUUGCGAUCGAUGAGCAGGUUCGCAUGAUUGACAGCUGUCUCAAGCUGCACGGGCAGCUCUGUCCUCCGGAGAUGCUGGCGUUCCAUGCCACUCUGGAGAAGUUCUUCCGCAAGAACUUCGCAGAGGAGAUUCAGCGUCUAUCCGUCGACUACUCACCAGAGCCUCGCGCCCUGGAUGCGAUCCCCACUUCGGCUCGCCUGCCUCCCACUGCGGCGAUGCCGUCGCCCAACUACGCGAAUCUCCGCCAGCCGCUCGCUGUCGGGCCCAUCCACGUCGGUGGGGUCACCCCAUCGACGUCCACCUCGCCCCUAUCGCCGCGCUCACAGGAGAACGGUGCAUACAGCGACGCGCCGUGGAUGAAACAGACGCCGCUCCAGCGCCACCUCGCGCAUCUCGCGCGGCACGGCUUCAACGGCGUGUCGUCCGGGCCUGGCGACAACGGCGCGAGCGACUCCUUCUCGGAGGAGUCCCCGCGCAACUCCGUCGUCACGGUCAGCAACGGCGCGCCCGCGCCCGUGCUGUCCGGCGCGGCGUCCAUGACGGCGUCCACGCUCGGGAGCAUGGGGUCCAUCAAGGGGCGCUUCUCAAAAUUCGGCAGCCUCAGCUUCGGGCGGCGGGAGGGGUGAUCGUGCGCCAGUGGGGCGCGCCGCGCUGCGCUUCUGCUGCGUGGUCCGAUCGGUCCGGGGACGGGGAUGGAGACGGUCUUCUUGCAAUUGGAUUGAUUCCCCUGCGCGCGCGCGAUCUAUCGUAUACCAUCGUUUGCUUUCUUUGUCGACCGUCUGCCCGCUGCUGCAUGUAUCUGGAUCUUUGUUGUCUAAUGUUGUACAGUGUAGCUAUUCGCGCAUAAUAUCAUUGCUUCUAUAUACAGC